AUGUAAUAUAAACAGGAAUUUAGUAUCUCAUUAGGACAGCUUGAGGAAGAUUUGAAUGGUGAUGAAAUAUCACCCUCUCGAUAAUUUGAUUCAUUUAAACUAAUCAAUUAAUUAUCUAUAAAAACAAAGGAUUCUGUGGAACAGAAAUUUAAGUAAAUCAAAAGAAGAUAAAAUCAUCAUAAAUCUGAUAUUCAUAGACCAACUUAACUUCAAUCAAUUGAUUAGAAAAAUAAUUAAACUGAAAAAAGAGGUGCAACUUACGAAAGACUACCUAGUGAUUUACAAAUAGAUUCAUAAAUCAGAUAAGCUAAAAGAAAGAACAUUAAAGUUUCAGAGUAAUCUCUUAGUAGAAAUAAUUUAUUAGAAUCGAAUUCAUCAUCUUACAGUUCAAAAUUGGGUUCAAAAUAAAAUUGUGUAAAGGGAAUUUUGAAGAAGUAGACACUUGAUUCUUCCUUUUCUGAUAAUAACUCAAGGAGUAGUAGUAUAGGUAGUAAGAAAAGUGUUAAGUUUAAUUUAUCAAAGCCAGAUGUAAGAAUUGCAUUGAAUCAAUGGAAAUGA